AUGAAUAAAAAAACAAAUUUAGGGAAACGGGAGUUAGAAGAUAUCAUGAACAACCUGUCAGAUUUAUCCGAUCUUGACUCAGAUGAUGAUGCCUAUUACCAAACAGCCCCUGUAACCAGCCCGGCAGAUUACCAGAAUGAGUCUCAAGAUGUUAUUGUUGAAAGGCGUCUUGAAGAGUUGUUUGGUGUAUCUGAUAACUUGAAAGAAACUAUUGAAAGCCACGAAAUAUAUUCAGUAGAAGCACUCACAGAUAUUUUAGAAAUAAAUAGUCCUAGACCUAUUGGUAGUGUGGGUGAGACAACAGGACAAUAUGAUGUUCUCCCAACAGAGGAAAAUAUUGCAACUUAUGAAGAAAGCUUUGUUAUGGAUUGCAACCAACGAGAAACUGAAAUAGAGCAAUGCUUAGAUGAUAUCCGUGAAGAACACUCCCACUAUACUCCAAUAUCUACAGAUGACUUAAGUGCAAGACCUUCAAGCAGUAAUGUUAUUGUAACAGAACCGGAUCGUCGCUCAAGAUCAAGCAGAACUAUGAAUACAGUAAGACAACCAAGGGAGUGGAAAAUUGAAACAGAGAUACACAAUGUUCCUGAAUUUACCAAUUCAAUUCAACCACAAUCAACAUAUAGUCAUAAGACGCGGCCUAUCGAUGUUUUUCAAAACUUUUUCCCAGAAUAUUUAGUACAAGUUCUAGUGGAACAAACAAAUAGAUAUGCGGUUCAGAAUAAAAGCAAUAAUUUUACACCAGUAUUAUCAGAGGAAAUGAAAGCUUACCUUGGAAUAUUAAUAAUGAUGGGGUUAAACCCAUUGCCUGAUAUGGAGCUAUAUUGGUCUAAUGACCCUUUUUACAAUAAUGCAGAAAUUUUAAAAAUUAUGCCUAUCAAAAGAUAUAAAAAAAUAACUGAAAAUUUACACAUAAAUGACAAUGAAAAAGAACCAAAUAGGAACUCACCGGAAUACGAUAAAAUGUACAAGUUGAGACCAAUGAUUCAAGAGCUUAAUAAAUUGUUCCAGCAGGAAACAGGUAAUUCAAGUAAACAAUCAAUAGAUGAAUGCAUGGUGAAGUUUAAAGGAAGAUCAUCUUUAAAGCAGUAUAUGCCAAAGAAGCCAAUCAAGCGUGGCUUCAAAAUCUGGGCACGUUGUGAUUCUGUAACCGGCUAUCUGUACCAGUUCGAAAUUUAUACCGGGAAAGGAGACAGUAUGGAAGACGAGGGACUGGGGUACAAUGUGGUUAAAAAGCUGUCAGCCGGCCUUCCUGAGAACACUCUGAUAGCGUUUGAUAACUUUUUCACUAGCUGUAACCUAAUGGAAGAUUUGUACGAAAAUGAAAUUUUUGCUGUUGGUACAGUUAGAGUAAAUAGAAAAGAUCUUCCGGAAAUUUUUAAAAAGUCUCAACCAAAACAUUUAAGACUUGAAAGGAACCAAUUUGCAGCUGUAACUGCUAAACCAAUUACAGCAAUCAAGUGGCUUGAUACAAGGGAUGUUAAUAUUCUUACAACAGCUCACCAUCCAACUGACACAGUAUUUGUAAAGAGAACUCAGAAAGAUGGUACUAAAAAAAAGUUCUCAUCCCCACAGCUAUCGCUCAGUAUACGCUCACCAUGGGAGGCGUCGAUCACUUUGAUCAUUUCAGAUCAUCAUAUCCGAUCAAUAGAAAAUGCAGGAAAUUUUGGAUGA